AUGCCGCUCUCCACCCAGCUUGACCGCAAGCUACAAGCGGCCAUUGACAGUUCAGAUGAUGAAGAGUACUACGAGGUCUCGGACCGGUCCUCCGAGUCCUUUCUGGAGACGGGCGAAGGCGGUGAGGUCAUGAGUUCAGACACCGGCGAAGGUGCAAGCUCGGAAAUGGGCGAGCAACCAGACGCUUCGGAUGAUGACGAUGACGACCAAGCCAAGGCACAAAUCAGCAAAAUAUCCUUUGGCGCUCUAGCUAAAGCACAGGACGCUCUUUCGAAGGAACAGUCUACAGACCGAAAGCGCAAGCGCGGCGAUGAAAGUUCCAAAUCACAAGAAGACAAGUUAGAGGCAUUGAGGGCAAGGCUGCGACAGAUCAAGGCAGAGAAACUGGCAACUGCGCCGCCAGCAAAAAAGUCCAAGACCUCGGCAACAGAGAGCAAAGCAAGCCGCAAAGAGGGCGACGACCACCACCAGGACCAUGAGAGUGCAUCUUCCGGCUCAGAUUCAGAAGCGCAGCCGAAAGCGCGGUCCAGCAAACAUGCUCCUGCAGUCCAAUCCAGCAAGCGUAUGGUGUCGCGAAAGCGCCAAGUCGUCGACGUGAAGAAGCCGGUUUUUCGAGAUCCGCGAUUUGACCCAGUGGCCGGUCCACCGCCAGACGAGCACACCUUUGGCAAGCGAUAUUCUUUCUUGAAUGAUUAUCGCGCAUCGGAGAUUGCAGAACUAAAGAGCACAAUCAAGAAGACCAAGAAUGAAAACGAAAGGGAGCGGCUCAAGAAGCAGCUCGUCUCCAUGGAGUCGCAACAAAAGGCUCGAGAAAACAAAGAGAAGCAGCAGAAUGUGAUUCGGGAACAUAAGCAGAAGGAAAAGGAAUUGGUCAAGGACGGCAAGAAGCCUUUCUUCCUGAAGAAGUCCGAGCAAAAGAAGAUGGUUUUGAUCGACCGCUUCCAGAAUAUGAAAUCGAAGCAGCGCGAGCAUGUCAUCGAGCGCCGCCGCAAGAAGGUUACUGCAAAGGAACGACGAAACAUGCCCGACGACCGUCGCACGGCAUACCCACGUACAAUAUCAGCCAUUCCGAGGAAUGACAGCAUUCUCUCGUUGCAGGCGGCUAUUACGGUACAACAUCCCGAAUUCGUCUUCGCUUCUCGCCAUGUUGAGACACGUGAAUCUCUCCCAAUAUCAUUUCAGCUCGCGAGUGCCACUCUCAGCGUGCCUGCUCAUCUUCCUCACCCCUUUACGGCCCGGUCCAGCCCAUCUGGAAUCGAAAUGACAGCAGAACGCCAAAUCGUAUCCGGAUUACAAAAUCGCAUGCACGUUGAAUCCUGA